AGCAGCACCAUGUCGCUUUCAGUCCGCACCUCUGGACUGUCUAGGAGGUCCUCCUCACAGAAUGGGGCGGCAGGCAGACCUUGGGGUGCAUCUGCCUCUAGUGCUGCAAGCUGCUAUGGGGGACUGGCCUCUGGCUUUGGAGUUGGUUGUGGGGGGCUCAUUUCUGCUGCUUCCAUGUUUGGCUCUGGUUCUGGCUUUAGCGGCAGCUCUACCGCCUCCUUUGCAGGGCUUGGCGCCGCCUGUGGUGGACCUCUGGGAGGUGGCUUGGGAGGGAUGGGCAUGGGAAUAGGGGGAAGCUCGGGUGGUGGCUCUCUGUGUAUCCUCUCUGACAAUGAUGGAGGGCUUCUUUCCGGUUCUGAAAAAGAAACAAUGCAAAAUCUGAACGAUAGACUAGCUUCCUACCUCGGUAAGGUUCGCGCUCUAGAGGAGGCUAAUGCGGAACUGGAACACAAAAUUCGAGAGUGGUAUGAAACCCGAAGGACUGGAGACUCUGGGCCCCAGAGUGAUUACAGUAAAUAUUACCCACUGAUUGAAGAAUUAAAGAAUAAGAUCAUUUCUGCCAGCGUUGGGAAUGCCCAGAUCAUCUUGCAGAUUGACAAUGCAAGGCUGGCUGCUGAGGACUUCAGGAUGAAGUAUGAGAAUGAGCUGGCCCUGCACCAGACCGUGGAGGCCGACAUCAAUGGGCUGCGCAGGGUGCUGGAUGAGCUGACCCUGGCCAGAGCUGACCUGGAGGCACAGACAGAGAACCUGACUGAGGAGCUGGCCUACAUGAAGAAGAACCAUGAGGAGGAAAUGCAAAGUUUCCAGACAGGUGGUCCAGGUGAGGUCAAUGUAGAAAUGGAUGCGGCACCAGGAGUGGACCUCACCAAGGUCCUCAACGAAAUGAGGGCCCAGUAUGAAGUCAUGGCUGACCAAAAUCGGAAAGAUGCAGAGGCCUGGUUCCUUGAAAAGAGCGGAGAGCUCAGGAAAGAGAUCAGCAGCAACACGGAGCAGCUUCAGUCCAGCAAGAGCGAGAUCACAGACCUGAGGCGCAUGGUGCAGAACCUGGAGAUUGAACUCCAGUCCCAGCUCGCCAUGAAAAAGUCUCUGGAAAACUCACUGGCUGAAACCGAGGGUGGUUACUGCUGCCAGCUAUCUCAGGUGCAGCAGCUGAUAGGCAGCCUGGAGGAGCAACUUCAACAGUUGCGCGCAGAUGCAGAGCGCCAGAACGCCGACCACCAGCGGCUGCUGGGCGUCAAGGCCCGCCUAGAGAUGGAGAUUGAAACCUACCGCCGGCUGCUGGACGGGGACGGCCAAGGCACUGGAUUUGAUGAAAGUUUAUCCCUUGCUGUCUCCAAAUCUCAGACACCAUCGGUUGAUUCCUCUAAAGACCCAAGUAAAACUCGAAAAAUCAAGACAGUUGUGCAGGAGAUCGUGAAUGGUGAAGUGGUCUCAUCUCAAGUUCAAGAACUUGAAGAAGCAAUGUAAAGCUCCUUGGGGAGGUGAAAGUGACAGCUGACAUGAUUGCUUCCACCUGCUGUGUUAAUUCAGUAUCUGUUUUGGUCUCUUUCCCCUUCUUUGGCUUCUCUGUUCAUGUCCGGUCUUGUUAGCAUGUCUGAAAUGAGUCCCUGGGGCUGUGCUGAUCUUCAUUAUAAACCCAAAUCACCUUACACCUUUCUGGGCCUGAAGAAGUCUUUCCACUAGACUUUUUUUUCCUGGUCACCUGGACCAUCUGUUUAAUGCAAGAGCUUUGAUGGAGUAGUAUUGUUUUAACACAGCUAACUUUGAUUAAAGACUGACUAAUGGCAAUGAAGUGAAGUGUGUGCCUCCUUGAUUACAGUAAUAGUGCCAAGGGCAUAGACACAAGCUUUUAAGAUCUUGAUAAUAAAGUACAUAAGCACUCAGACAAAAAAAAUGAGGCUGGAGAUUAAGAUUAUUUUAAGGGGCUGGCCUCUAUGUGCCAGCCCGUCAUCGAGGUUGAUGAAAUGUUACGUUUUCCACUGUGGAAGAGGACUGUGGCUUGAUUCGUUUUCUGGGGCCUUAUUUCAUACAGUCAGUGAGUGCUAUACACUUAAUUCCAUACACUCAGUGGGUUCCUAUAGAAUGGAAGAUAGGAGAAUCUGUGGUAAACAAGACCUGGUCCUUGUCUAAGGGCAGAGGUAGACAUCUACGAGGCAUGGUGACACCUUGGCAGAGGGCUCACAGGAAUUCCAAGGAUGCAUGGGGGAAGAAGGGAUCAAGUUAUGUAGGGACAACUAAA